AUGCAACAACUAUAAAAUUGUUUGCUUGAUAAAGAAAUGAUUCUGUAAAGUGAUGGUACUCUAUAUAUUGGAUCUUUUUAUUAAUAACACUUUGAGGGAUAUAGUUUGGUAAUCAAUCCAGAUGGAUGUAAUUCUGAUCUAAAUUAUUAGCAUAUUAUUAUGGAUUAUUUAAGAAAUCUAAACCUAAAGAAGUAGGUGUAUAUAAAUUGAAAAAUUCAUGUUUAAAGAUAUUCUGGGGAGAUGAUAAUUAAAUUAAGAAUGUUAAAGAUAUUGGAAAUAUUGGUUUUUUACAAAAAAUUAUUUCAUUUAAGAAUAAUUGUUAUGGUAAUAAAAUAUUCAUUAAAAUCAAUCCAUUAAGUUAUGGAUAGGCUAAAAAUUAAAAAUAUGAUGGAUUUACAGUUAUGCAUUAUAAAAAUGGAGAUAUUUAUUAUGGAAAUAUCUACAAAGGAAAAUAGGAUGGAGAAGGCAUUUAUUAUAAUAAUAAUAUUUAGGAAUGGUAAUGGAAUAAGUAUUCUAAUGGUAAAUUGAUAUCUCAUUAACUUUAUGGAAAAAAUCUUGUACCAAGAGAAUUAAUUAGUAAUUAUAUGUAAUCAUUAAUUAGGUAAACUUUUUAACAAAUUAAACUUUAAGUCUUACUAAAUAACUAUGGUAUCUCUCUCAAAUAUACAAUAAUUAAUAAUAAAUUAAUUGUUAAUCAAUAAUUAAUAAAAUCAUUUAUCUUUAGCAUCAACAGUGUAAAGCUCUCAUCCUGCUCAUCGAGAGAAUCUUUCAUAAAUUUUGAUUGAUGAUGUAGAUAAUAGUAAUAAUGAAAUAUUAGAAAUUUUAUAAAGUUCCUAAAUUGAAUCAAUUGAUUAAGAACUUCACAUUUACAAUUAAAAUAAUUAAAAAGAUGAAAUAGAAAUUAAGUUAUCAAAAUGUUAAAAAUAAAAAGCAUAAUAAAGAAUUGA